GGGGGAGGCGGCGGCGGCGGCGGCGGCGGCGGCGGCAGCGGCGGCGGCGGCGGCAGCAGCGGCGGCGGCGGCGGUGGGCGCGACGUCGGCUGCGGCUGCGGCUGCUGCAAGUUGGGCUGCAGGGGCAGCGCAUACACUACAAUGGCUGCUGGAAAGAGGCGAAAGGAAACAAUUUCCAGGCCCGCCGCGUCCAGCCCGAAAUAUGAGAAAAAAAUUAUUAGAAAUUCGGCGGGCGGUGUAAAGGCGGCGGACGGGCCAGAGGGAGGAUGUUAAAGCCCCGCGAAUUUUUCAGAAGUAAAGAGAACUAAACACUCAAGUUACAGAGAAUGUUACAUACCUACUAAUUUUUGAAAGCUCUAACUAAGGAAUUGUAACCUUAUUGAAAUGCAAUAUCAUCUUAAGAACUUUAUAGAAGAAAGGAAUUUACAACAAUUGUCUUAUUUAAUUUUUAAGAUCAGCCAAAAUGGGAAGUACUGGAUUCUGCUCUCCUCCAAGAAGAGUCAGUGGGACUGGUUAAGAUCAAUAUUUGAGGAUUUUACCAGCUAUCAUCAGGUGUUCUUGCGCAGACAUUGUGCCCCAAGCAAGGUCUUUGAUCCUUCCAAAAUAAUGACAAGGAGCCCUGAUCCUGACCUAAUUUAAAUUUCACAAGAUUUUACCAUUUCAAGAUGCAGACUUGUUAUGAAGAUAAGACAUUUCCAGUCUUGAACUCAGAAAACCUAUUGGGUGUGAUAAUACUGUCCCCUUUUGCUUUCUUUUACGACCACAUGAAACUUGAGAAGCCAUCUAAAGCUAAAUCAUUUAGUGGAGUUGGGCAGUUCCCAAGUGUCCAACAAGAAGGCCUGGUUUAGGCUGCGAUGGCCACUGUCAUUCCUGGUGAUUUGUCAGAAGUAAGAGAUACCCAGAAAGUCCCUUCAGGGAAACGUAAGCGUGGUGAAACCAAACCAAGAAAAAACUUUCCUUGCCAACUGUGUGACAAGGCCUUUAACAGUGUUGAGAAAUUAAAGGUUCAUUCAUACUCUCACACAGGAGAGAGGCCCUACAAGUGCACGCAACAAGACUGCACCAAGGCCUUUGUUUCUAAGUACAAAUUACUAAGGCAUAUGGCUACUCAUUCUCCUGAGAAAACCCACAAGUGUAAUUAUUGUGAGAAAAUGUUUCACCGAAAAGAUCAUCUAAAGAAUCACCUACAUACACACAACCCCAACAAAGAGGCGUUUAAGUGUGAAGAGUGUGGCAAGAACUAUAAUACCAAGCUUGGGUUUAAACGUCACUUGGCCUUGCAUGCUGCAACAAGUGGUGACCUUACCUGUAAGGUAUGUUUGCAGACUUUUGAAAGCACAGGGGUGCUUUUGGAGCACCUCAAAACUCACGCAGGCAAGUCUUCUGGUGGGGUGAAAGAAAAAAAGCACCAGUGUGAACACUGUGAUCGCCGAUUCUAUACCCGUAAGGACGUCCGUAGACAUAUGGUAGUGCACACUGGGAGAAAGGACUUCCUUUGUCAGUACUGUGCACAAAGAUUUGGACGGAAAGAUCAUUUAACUCGUCAUAUGAAAAAGAGUCACAAUCAAGAACUUUUGAAGGUCAAAACAGAACCAAUGGACCUUCUCGAUCCCUUUACCUGCAAUGUUUCUGUGCCUAUAAAAGACGAGCUGCUUCCAGUGAUGUCUUUACCUUCCAGUGAACUAACAUCAAAGCCAUUUACAAACACUUUGCAAUUAAACCUUUAUAAUACACAAAUUCAGUCCAUGCAGAGUUCUGGACCAGCACACCAAAUGGUCGCCACAUCAUUACCUUUGGGAAUGACAUGCCCAAUUGAUAUGGAAUCUGUUCACCCUUCUCACCAUCUGUCUUUGAAAUAUCCACUCAGUUCUACCUCAUAUGCAAUUUCUAUGCCUGAAAAAGAACAGCCAUUAAAAGGGGAAAUUGAGAGUUACCUAAUGGAGUUACAAAGUGGUAUGCCUUCUUCAUCCCAGGAUUCUCAAGCAUCUUCAUCUAAACUAGGCUUGGAGCCUCAAGUAGGACCCCUAGAUGAUGGAUCUGGGGAACUGUCCUUAUCCAAAAGCUCCAUUUCCAUUAGUGAACCUCUAAACCCAUCAUCUUUGGAUUUUUCCCAGUUGUUCAAUUUCAUACCUGUAAAUGGUCCACCCUAUAAUCCUUCUGUAUCGGUGGGAAAUCUUGGACUGAGCUAUUCCCAAGAGGAGGCACAUUCUUCUUUGGCUCAGCUUCCACCACAGACCCAGGAUCCUCAAGAUCCUGCAAACAGUAUAGGCCUCGGUUCUCUGCACUCCCUGUCAGCAGCCUUCACAAGCAGUCUAAGCACAACCACCACCCUACCACGCUUUCACCAAGCUUUCCAAUAGGACACAGAAAGCUGUCUUACUUAAAAAAAUUUAUUUGUAGAAAUGCCUUAGGUGACCAUUUUUAAUGUAGUGCCUACAAUAAGACAUUAUGAAUCUCUGCUUUUGUAUAAUACAAAAUUUCAUUAAGCCAGUAAGAAAUUGAAACUAACUUUUUUAAUGAGCUCUGAAACCGUUUGUGUUCAAUUAUGUUUACCUUGGUUAAGUCUCAAAGUGUUUUGUCGUCUUUUCACUGCCAAUUGAUGUGCUUUACGAAAUAAUUGAUAUAGGAAAGCCAUUACUGUUAAACUUCAGUAUAUAUCCCCUGUUAAAAAUAUUCAGACAUUAAUCCUUUUGUUUUUAUUCAGUAAUAAUGGCUCUACCCAUUAAUGUUUGGCUCAGUAAAAAAGAUUUACAACUAAAUGAUAAUUUACAAAAUUUUGAGAGAUGCCUGGAGACUUCCUAAAAUCAUUAAGUAUAUUUGAUUUGAUACAUAGUUUAAAUAUUUUCUGUAAAUUAAGAAUCCAAAUUUUUGUGGCAAAAAAUGUUUUUAUUUGCUAUCACAAUUUCAGGUCAGUAUGUUUUGAAGACUUGCUAUUGUCUGGCUAAAAUAUUUGUGGUCUUUAUUUUUAAAAUGUUAUAACAAUAUUUUUAAAACAGACACUUAAACACAAAGCAACAGUAUUCUCAAGAAAUAAUGCUCUUCUAGUCAAUAAAUAUUUUCCUUCUGUCAUGAAAUAAUGCUAUUUCAUGGCACUGAUAGAAAGAAGAUAACAAUUGACCUUGGGAAAAAAAAGUAUUCAAUAACAAAUUAGUACCACAGAUUAUAAUCUCUCAUUUUUCAACUUUAAUUCUUAACUUGCUAUCUUUCAUCUUAGUGGUAUAAAAAUUAAGGCAUAUUGGAGUCUUCAGAGUCUGUUCAAAUACAUAGAACUCAUCAAUCUUCUCCACCUUUCACAGCCAAAGUGUGGGUCAGGUCCAGCCAGAAACUUUAUAUUGACUGUCAAUUAGCCAACAAUCAGAGAGCCAGUGUAGAUUUGCAAAUGUCAGGUAUGUUUGUGGUAGAGUGGAUCUUUUCAGCUUCUAUGGUGUGAUUCUCCAGAGCAAUAAGAUAUUAAUCACACCUGCUAACCCUGAGAACUUGGUUAGGGACAAUUUCCCCUGUUACCAAGGUUUAAAAUAGGACUCUUAGGAGUAAAGUAAAAGCAUAUUGCUUACACCACUUUUUACUUAAUACAUUCUAAUUUCUCCCCCAGUCAUAAGAGCCAAAGGCAAAAGACAAACAAAAACAUCUCAACCCCCUCCCUCCAAUCCCACAGUAAAAGCAUAUUUUCUACUUAGUGUUCUUUUUUCCUUGCCAUUUUUAUGGGGAAUUUAAAGUUAAGUAUGUGGCAAGUAUCUUUGAGGCAUUAUACAAAGUUUUAAAUGGCUAAAGAUAUAUACAGUAAAACCUCACUUUUACACUUUUCUGAAAAAUGAGGAGGGGUCAAGAAUACUUCAAAGAGGCAGAAAGUGAAAAUGAGACAAAUUAAAAUCAAGCAAGCUAUAUCCUGGCUAAUAUAGUAUCAGUAACCAUAGAACAUUUUGCAGUCACCCAAUCAUGUGCCUUGCCACCUUAUAGAUGCUUAAUAAAUAUUUUAAUUGAAUUAGAUGGGCUUUCCCCAUUCUGAGCAAAUACUUUCUCAAAGGGCAAAAUAUUAAAGCUCUUUUCUAUUGUCAGCUGGGAAUCAACCCAGGAGACUGUUUCAGUAGGUAGCCUUAUGAGGUUUAUAGGAUUGUCAGAGGAGCUAUGCGUCUCAAAAAAAAAAGAAAGAAAAAAGAAAAAAACAAUUGUGCCAAGCACUCAGCAGAAUAGCACAUGCUGGAUCCUCCAUUUUACAGGAUUUUGUUCCAAUGAUGGGGGUAUUUUCCAAGAAUUUCUGAGAAAUUUGUGCAAAUUACUGAAUCUAAUGCAGUAGCAACAUAGUAUAUUUAAAAAGUUGGGAGAGGAGAUGUAAAUUGUGAGGAAAUGUACAUUGUAAUAAUGUAAAUACGGGGUUUCACUGUAUAUAUGGCACUUCACAAAAAACAAAGUUGUUCUCAAGGAGCUAUGGCUCCUACUAUUUUAUCCUGCUUCUGUUUUUGUUUAUCCUGGGAGCAAUAUACAGGUAUAGUUUCUUUAUACUUAUAUUUAAAUUUUAUUACUAAAAAUGACUUUUUUAUAAAAAAUCUUUGUUCCAAAGGCAUUAAGAUGAGAUUUGUUAAUAACGAAAAAACUCUUUUGACAUUCUCAAACUGUUCCUAAGCAUUUGGUUUAGGUGAUUGUUUGCUCUGAGAGUGGAUACUUAGCUCUGCUUCCUGUCCGCUUCUUUUAGUUUCUAUGAAACAGAUUGCUAAUCUAAAACUGUAGUUGAGUGAUUCGUGUUCAAUAUUGCUUUUCUCACCAUAUUCAGAAGGAAAGAAAUGGUGACAAAGCACAAAUAGAAAAAAAAUAUUUUUAAAUAGCAAUUAUAAAUUAAAUAGCAAAUGUAGAAUCACUGCUUUAUUCUAGCAUUUGUUUUUAAGCAGUAGGAAUGAAUAAAUAAACUGAGACAUUGGCCCUUCUGGGCUGUAUUUUUCCCCCCUAAUAUAAAGGGAGUACCAGCAUUAAUUGACUAUAGACCUUUUGGAGGUGGGGUAUGGCAAUAUGUUGAUAUUAACCCUAAUUCUCCCCAUAUUUUAAAGCCCUGUAAUUCAAGUGCAUGGAGAAAUAUCUAUUGGACAUCAGUGUUAAAUUAGUAUUCCCUUAAUUUUUAUAUAUUCACUAGUUUUGCCUAGUACGAUCCCAUAGGCUUGAAAUUAUACCUCAGAAUAAGAGAGAAUCUAGCCUAAUAUGUUUAAAAUUGGCUCUCAUAGUCAUUAACCAGUUUUGGAAAAACGUGAAAAUAUGUUAGUUUAUUUGAACUGCAGAACAUUCUGACCAAGAUGACACAGGAUUGGCUCUUACACUCUUAGAAAAAGCUAUCGUCAUCUGUUAAUGUUUGUUGCAAUUGACUCAAUUAACAGUAACUUAUUGCCAAUGCUGUUUUCAUCUUCCAUUAACCAGAAUCGUCAUUCUUAAUUUUUCUGGUAGUGCCUUAGCUUGGUUUUUUUUUUUUUAAGGGUGGAAGUAGUGAUGGAAAUUAAAACUAUUUGGCUUGGAAAUUUGGACCUCAGACAAUAUAUUGAACCUCUUUCAGUUAGAACUUCUGCUUGUGACUGCACUUUUUGUCACUGAACACAGAAGUAUGCCAGUAUGGAAGCAGAUUGAUAUUGUAAGCAAUAUUAACCCAGUAGUAGAAGAUUACAAGUAGUAUCUUUUUUUAACUAUUGGUCACUAUUAAAAUUUCCAUUUUAAAGCCCUAAUACCAAGUUCAAAUUUUAAAACCAUCUUAUAUUUUAUAUGUCCUGGCUGAUCAUGCACCACUCUUUGUGCAACUCUUUAAUUUCAAGUAGUAUUUCUUUCAAAACUAUAUAUUUUUUGUCUACUUGUUGCUUGUGCUUUAUUAUUAGUAAAAUUGUGGAAUAUAGUGAUAUAUUGUAUUAAUUUGGACAGUAGCGGUUUUUAAAAACCAUAUACUGACUGAAACAUGAGCCAGAACUGAGUGCUUUAUUUUAAGCUAAUAAUGAAUGUUAAAGAGUACAUAUUUUCAGGAUCAUUUGUCUAGUGAGCAAUACUUGUAUUAUAGGCCAAUAUUUUUUAAAAAAUAAAGCUUGGUCAACCUCUAUGUUACACAUAUUACAAGAUAUAGCACUUUCAAAAAGAAAACCUAAACCUUUUAAGAAAUUGUCUUAUAGGUUAUGCUUUUUUAUUAUAAAAUCUUUUAUUAUUUGUUUCAAGUGCCAUUAGAUUACAUAUAUGUAGGCCUUUCAUAUAUUGCUUUGUGUACAAAAAUGGUAGACUUAAUUUUAAACAGGUACAUUUUACAGUGUUUUCUUAUCAAUUUGCUAUAUUGCACAGAAUCCAGUGUGUUUUUUCAUGAGGUUUUACAAUUUUUAAAACUAGAUUUACAUGUUUCAAAACACACUGUCUUCCCCGGGUACAUUAAAACAUUUAUACACCCAUACCCCAGACCAUUACAUUUAUUUUUCUAGCCUACUGAAAACCAUAUGAUGUAGUGAUUUUGGAGGAGAUCUUUUAAGCAAUUAUAUUAAAUAUUCAUAAUUAGCUAUGAUAGAUUAUUAUAAAUCUAUGAUAAGUAGAUGCCUAUAUUAACUUUGUCUUUUUUCUCAUACUCUGUUUCAGCAGCCAUCUCUCUACACAUCCUUCUCCACAGAGAAUCUGUUGAUUUUUAUUUACCUAUAUAGACUUACAUAACAUUAUGUAGGUUUAUCCUGAAGAUCCUCAACCCGUAUACAGCAAGACAGAAUAAAACCAACAUAGUUAAAGAUGCAUUUAAAUGAUUCUUAAGGCCCUUAUGCAAUAAGGUUGUCAAUGCUCUAUGGUUGGAAGGCAGUGUCUUUUGAUAACAGUUAUCUAGCCCUAGAAAUGACACAGAACUAUUGCUAAUCAUAUAGAAACACUUUACAGUAUAAGCUUCAGUGGUACAGUUGAACCAGAAUGAAUGUUUAUCUUCUCAGAAACACUCCUGCAAUAUUGUUCUUUUGGAUCAUGCUGCUAAUGUAACUUGGGAAACAACUCCUCAUGGUGCUACAAACCUUCCUGUCUCAUUCAGAUGUAUUUUUACCCAUAGAAAAAGGACUAUAUUAGACCUAUUGGUGUAUGAUAUAUUUUUAUACUGUGACUUAAUUUGUCAUUAACGAACUUUUACAACACCACAAUGUAUUCAUAUGCACUUGCAAAAGGAAAAUCUUGGACAUGCAAACCUUACCAGAACAAGCCCAACUUUUGUUCAUAAGGUGACUGUUAGUUAAAAUGAAUAAUGGGCUUUUUUUUUUUUUAAAUAUAGUGUGGAGUGAAGAACAUACUGUAUGUUACUAGAAGCCCUUUGAAUUUAAAAGAAACUGGGAAACCAUUAGGAAAUGGAUGAUGUUGUACCUGAACAUGAGUUGAAUUGCUGAUAUUGUAUUGAGGUAGUUUUUUAAAAAGUGUUUGGACUUGAACGCUAAAAUAUUCUAAUUAUAAAGUUUUGAGUCAAAAUAGAAAAAAAAAACCUGCAUUCCAGACUGAAUUUGUAUAUGUUUCUUGCAUUUAAAAUUGCUAUCCUGUGAUAUGGGAAAUCAAAUUGCUUAUCAUGUAUAUGUACUUAAAAUGUAUUCACAAACUACUGUUGUAUUUGUAUAAAAUAUAGACAAAGAUUGCAUAUAUAUUUUUGUGUAUAAGCUCUGUGAAAUAGCAAUCACAUUAUGAAGCUGCAGCAGUACUUCAUUUUAAACAUUCACAUCCAAAGAAACAGACUAUUUAUUAUUCAGAUAUCCUGAUAUAAAAUAUAACUUGCUGCUAUUAAACAAUAGUGUUGCAGCUUCUCAUGGCCUACAGUGUUAUGUUUGCUGUACAAAAACAAAAAAAAAAAUAUGUGAACACCACAAAAUAUAUGAAUAAAAAUACAGAAUGGUUUUAGUUAAUGUAGAACCUCUGCCUGAAAUAUUAAUAGAUCAUGGUUUUGUUUACUAUCAUAAAACAGAUAUUUGCAUUCCUUUUCCCUGUUAAAUUGGAUAAUUUUCUCACUUAUCUGGAAUAAGUUUCUAAUAUUUAGUCCCAGGAUAGUGGUCUGUGGGUGCAGUAGGAAACCCAGCUUAUUUUUCAUUUAUACUUUAUCCUUUUAAAAGGAAAGCUGCCAAAUGUAAGUAAAAUGAAGUUUACUUCUAUGCAGAAGCAAUGUGAAAUAAUAAAAAGACUGUUGGAUUUGGGGUCAGAAAACUAAGAUUUAAAGCCCAACUCUUAAACUUAUCUGUUGGGCUAUAGGCAAGGCACUAGUAUUCACAUUAUCUACAUUCACAUUUGUUGUAAGAGAAAAGACAACUGAUAAACCAUAAAGCCUUAUAUAAAUAUGAAGUGUUAUUAAUUAUCUAAAGAUAUCCCGGUUGAAUCUGAGCUUGAAGACACAUAGUUGGAUGUAGAAUAGACAGUAUUUCUUGCUUAUUUGAAACAAAUAAUGGACAACUGAUAUUGAAUUUAUAUUUACCAAUUAUGUAUAUUGUAAAUGAUACUUUAACCCUUCCCUUUGGACUAUUUUCCUGAAAAACCUUAUUAGUUCAUUUGAGCCAACACUAGUCUUCCCUCACCUUCCAUUUCCCCCAACCCUCCUUUUUUAACCCUCCCUAAUUUAUUUGCUUUUACAGAAAACAGUUGAUGUCUUGAAUUCAAGGUACAGAGAAAAUCAGCAAACAAUUGCAGUUUUUUUUCAUCCCUUUAUCACUGCAUCUUUCUUCAUCUCCUUAAAUAGGACUUCAAAUUCUACCUUUUCUUUCCACCUACCUUUUCUAAGACUCCUGCUUUCAGUGGGAGGAAAAGUUUUUAAUUGUUAAGAAAGCAAAUUUACCUACCUUAAAAAAAAACUGUCACUUUUUUUUUAACUUUACCUAUCUUAUAAUUAAUACUAAAUAUCAGUUCCAAGGCAGAAGAAAGGUAAGGGCCAGGCAGUUGUGUUAAAGUGACUUGUAUCUGAGGGCAAAUUUGAACCCAGGUCCUACUGUCUCCAGACCUGACUCUAUCCAUGUUCUGUCAUUUCUUUUGAUCAGUUUUGUAAAGUGAAGCUUUUUAGAAAGUAAAUAAACACCCUCUGACUUCUCGUUAUUAAUAUCUCAGUAGUCACAAUUAGAAGACUAGAUUGUUCCAGUUGCCCAAUUAUGCUCCUUGAUUGAGGGUUCGUCCAUUUAACUUCUUAUUUUAGAAAUGCUCAAUUUUUUAUGUAUUAGAAUUUCCCCCCUACCAUCCCUUUAACUUUUUAAAAUUCAAUUUCCUUAAGUCUUUCUUUGUUCUCUAACAUGAGAGAGAAACCCUAAAUGGUUUGAAGGAAAAUCAUCUGAAAACAGAUGUAGGCCAUGGAUCUACAAGUUAUGGCUAAUGGACCAAAAGUUCUUUUGAAAACUAAGAGAUGAUUUGGGGAGUGAGGGGGACACCAACUAUGGAAUCCAAAGAACUUGGGUUCAAAUCUUGCUACUGAUUUUGCCAGGGUGACCUUGGUUGUGUCCCUCAACAACCUUGGUUUCCAGCUUUCUUCCUCUUUAAGAUGUCAGGGAAGAGGGAAUAGCUUGGAUGGUCUCUGGGAAACUUUCCAGUUCCUGAUCAUACUUGCAUGGACUCUGGAUAACUUCUGUGCUUUUCAAUUUUUCAAAGCAUUUUCCUGAACAUUCUUGUUUUUGCUUCAUGCUCAUGUGUCGAAGGAAGGGCAGGAAUUGUCCUCAUUUUGUAAUAGGGAAAUAUCUGCAAUGACCCAAUUUCACAAACAACCAAGAAGUGGCAAUAAAUGGAUCUACAACUGCAGGUCUUAGGGCUAUUAAGGCAAUGCUCUUUGUAUAUAAUAACCACAAUUUAUCAUGGAAAUGACCUAAUAAUGACCAGUCCAAGAUUCCCAGGGGAUAGUGCUAUGUGUGUGAAAGCGGGUACCUUAAGUUAGAACUAGGAAGUAGCAUGAUAACAGAUCUUUCCACCUGGGGAUGAAAAUCACCAAAGCUCCAAUAUCUUCCCAGGGAGUUUAGAGAGGAAUGGAAUGGGAAUCAUGUAUGUCUUCAAACAGAAGGAAAAUAGCUCUUAUUACAAGUCAUUUAUGUGCAAGGCAUCUAGGACAGGAGCUUGAAGAAGGGCUUUUGUAUAGGAUGUCUUCACGAUUGAGACCAUGACUGGCAAAUUGCUAUACAAAAGUAAUUUGAUUGAAAGAGCAAUCAGUUAAAGGUCAGUGUUCAAUAUAUACUGGAGCGUCUUUAGCAUCCUAAUUUCUCCUUACUAAUGGGCUAGUAACCUACCUAGAGUCCCAAAUUAAGAUUUUAUUGUACUUAUAUUUUCUUUUUACUUAGUUUUAUGUUGAGGACUAUGAUUGUCCUGUUUUAAGUCCCUCAAAAUAACUUCUGAUGGCUUUUGGUUUUAUACAGUUACACAGUUUUAUUUUAGAAUCAAGAAAGAUAAUGUUCAAAUUUAGUGCCUCAAAGAUUUAAGCAGUCAUUUGGCUCUAUCUUUCUUGUGAAGUGACUCCUACAUUUGCUGCUUCAGUAUAUGGUUCAAAACUCCUACUUCUAUGAAUUGUUUUAUAUAUUAUGUCCAUUUCCAGCUUAUUUGUUACCUGAUUGAAGGAAGCUCAAAUCUGAGCAUUAGUAAUAUUACAACUAUGGAAAUUGAUCCUAUUGAGACAAAAUAUCCUCUUUCCUUACCAUAUUUCCUUAUAUUAAGAAGCUGAACUGUGACUAAAUGAUGUCAAAUCCUAGAAUCCUCUCAUGUCCCUUCCAGCUCUUAUUAGGUGAUCAUAGGAUUGUAAUCACAGAAAUAUUAAAUUAUAGAGCUGGAACCCAGCUCUGGAAUUUGAAGCCAGGUUCUCUGACUAAAUCCAGUACACCUACUGUAACCACCUUGAAUGCAAGUGUUGUCUCUAAUUCUUAUCCAAAAAAUGGGAAUCAUCUUAUGAGACCCUACAAUUUGGAUUUUGUAUAUUGCUAAUUAAUGAAUCUUAAAUAGAAAGAUUUGUUUUCUGUACUUCUUUAGUCCUGAUAUUUGACCCACUCUAGCUCAUUGGCAGCCAAUGCAAACUUUUUAGCUGUUCACUGGUUUCCGUCAUGUCUGACUCUUUGUUGACACUAUGUUGGAGUUUUCUUGACAGAGCUAUUGGAAUAAUUUGCCCUUUACUUUUUCUACUCAUUUUGCUGAUGAACCAAACAAAGCAAAUAAGGUUAAGUGAUUUGCCCAGGGUCACCCAGCUGCAGGUGACCCAGGCUGGAUUUGAACUCAUGAAGAUGAAUUCCUGACUCCAGUCCCAGCUCUAUCCACCAUAUCACCGAGUUGCACCCAAAGCAAACUUACUCCUGUUGAAACAGAUAUAAUGUAUAUCUCUUCAUCUAAAACAUUACAAAAUAAGUCAAAAGGGACUUACAGACAUUUUUCUCGCACAUAGUACCAUAACUGUGAAGCACCCACUACAUCUUUUCUAUCUAAUUCCCUUUUAGUUGCCCCUUUCCAUGUACUAUGACACUUGUCUUCUUUCUGAUUUAGUCAUGUGCUACCUUUUUCUGUUUUUUUUUUAAUUUUACCUUCAUUCCUUAUACUUCCCUGCAAUAACUUGCUGCUGAGAUUUCUGCAACAUCUUAACUCUACUGAUCAUCCAUUGACUGGAGGGUUGUAUCUGUGCUUAUUUUAUCUCUACAGGAGUGCUGCCCAAGACAGAGCAGAGGCAAAUACCAUCCAUUGAGCUCUAGUUGGUUUUUAUUUCAUUUCCUCCUGAGCUUCAAACAAAAAUAUCUAAGCCAGUAUUUUGUUAGUUCAACAGGCUUGGGGAAAUAGGGGAUGAUGAGAUAAAGCUGCUAAAUUUCAUUCAUCAUUUUUGAAUCUGACCUGAAGCAUGGUCUUCAGAUCAUUGUUCAGCUCUUGAAAAGUAGUAAAGAUGUAUAGUUUUCUUUCUUUCUUAGUAGUUUCUUAGUUUCUCUCCUUUCUUAGUUUCUUUAAUCACAAUACUUGUUCUAGUUGUAUUCUGGAAGCAAUGGCAUAAAGAAAAAACAUUUUUAAAGUUCCAGAUGUUUAUAGACUUGAGAUUUACACAUGAUAAAGUCGAUACAUAGUAGUUACCCAUUCUCUGGAGUAAUAAAUUUGAUAUAGUAGUAACUGUGAGGUCUUGUGUAUAAUGUUCUUUUUGCCUAAUCUUUCUGCAUAGUGGACAAAUGCACAAACAAAUGACUUUUCUUUGAAAGUGAUAGUCACAAUGCCGUUUCAUGGAUCAUAUUUGAAGAAUCAAUGGAAUUAUGCUCAUUAAGAACUCUGCAAUUCAAGAGACCCAGGAUAGGAGUUUGGACAAUUAUACUGCACAUCCAUAUGAUGCUGGAUAGCAAAAACUCUUGAGAACAACUAAUUUCAUUUUUUAUUUCUUGAAGAUGCAUCCUGAAUUUCUUCAUCUGUCAUUGCUAAUAGAAGGCUGGGGUAAGUGGUUUUCCCUUCUUCCUUUCCUAAGAAUAGUUUCUUUUUACACAGUAUAUGUUAAGUGUGAAAGCAUAAGUCAUACCAUUCCUUCAUCCUUUUCUUAAAACUAGGAUUCUAGGAAGAGGAAAGAACUAUAAAAAUGCAAUAAUCAAAAGUUUUUCUUUCUCAAUUAGUAUUCAAGAAACCUCAUUUGAAGAAUAAACUAGCUAUGUUUGCUAUUAAAAAACUCUCAAGCUCAUAAGGAUGCCAAGGGUUGAGCCCAACAGAUAAUGGAACAGUGAAAAGGCAAGAUGUCAUUAAACCAUGACUAUUACCUAGUUAUGAGAAUGAAAAAGAAAGGAAAAGUGGUUUCCAAUUGGAUUUCUAUUGAAUAUUCUUUACAAUAGAACCUUUCAGAGAAGUAGCUCUAAGCAAGUAGGCUCCAGAUAUUGCCAAAAUAUACAUAAAGGUGAAAAAAACUAUUACACACACACUUUUUCCCCCUCAAGAUACCUACAAAUGAUAAAAAUGAAUGGUUCUAGGAUAACUUGAGUAGACUUGUAUGAAUUGAUCUGUAGUGAAGUAAGCAGAAAUUAUCAUAAUUUUUCUACAAAAACAUCAUAACCAUGAACAGCUUUGAAAGACUCAACUCUUUCAGUGUGUAAUAAUAACCCAUCAAAUGAUGUAAAAUGAGAUUUUUCAACACGGUCAAAGUGGAGAUUUAUUUUGCUUGACCAUGUUGCAAAGGCUUUGCUUUUCUCUUUCCUAUAAAGGGAUGGCAUGAUGGAUAAGGGGGAAGGAGUGUAUUAAUUUUUAAAAAAUUAAUGUUAAAAUAAUCUAUUAAAAAUAUGCUAGCACAACUAAGAGGAAGUUUGCCAUUAUAGAUAGCCACGAAUUAAUUGCAAGAGCAAAUAGAUAUUUUCAGCAAAUGUGAAAGGGCAAGGAGUAUAUUCAGUUCCCUGAAAAGACUAUGCUGUGGUUGUGUUUCUGUCAGGACAACAGACUAAAGGUGGGUCUCCCUAAACAGGAGAAGAUGAGAGUUCUGAGUAAAUGACUCUGCGCUCCAGUUUAUUAGGAAGAAUAAAAUAUUCCUUCAAGGAAUGGAAGGUGAACUUCUUUUCAGAAACAAAUGAGAACCCAAAGAGGCCUCUUAUCAGGAAGCUGGAAGGAUAUAAGAAGAAGGCUUUUCACAAUGAAGAGCUAGAGCUAUUCAUGAGAAAGCAGCUUCUCCAGCACACAGUUCUCCAUGCGUCAUACAGAAAAGAGAGGCUAUAUUUAAUACAAUGAGUUAGCAGAGUGAGUAGCAGGUGCUAACCUUGAUGCGCAUUGGGCAAGUGUCUGGAGAGAUUCCAGACCCAACCACUAAUGCCUGCUUCCCAUUCAUGUAAAAAGAAAUGCUCCUACCAGAAGUCUGUCAGUUAACGUUAUGUGCCACUCUGUGCUGGGCACUAAGCCCUGGGGACACGGAUAUAAAGAGGGAUAGAUCCUGGUCUCAAGAAGCUCACGAUCUGGGGAGAGGAGAGGGUCAAAUAAGGAGAACCAAACCUGUGAGAAGUGGCAGGAUCUCACUGGAAAUGAAAGCCCGGAGGCCCUCUAAGGGCAGGCUUUGGGAGUUCUUUGCCCUGCCCUCUCAGGCCCCAAUUGGGCAGAGGGGGUGAUGCAGGGUCCCACAGGAUGAUGAAGUUUCUGGGGCACGGCUAUGAUGGAAUCCAGUCCAAAGACUAUUGUCAGGUGGGAAACAAAGUCAGGAGGAGCGUAGAAAGUAUUGCUUAGGGACUAUAUAGGUCUGGCCAUGAAAUGAAAGGCCAUGAUCUAGGAGCCUUGUCCUGGUCAUGAACUUGUGUUUUCAUGUGUUAUUUCAAUCAAUAGGCAACUAUUUCAGUAUUGUUUUCCUUUGUAAGCCUGGGUAUUUUUGUUCAUACAUAGACUGCUUCAGACUGUCAAAGGGAUCAUAAUCCUUACUACAGAAACCUAAGUUUGAUGAUUUUGUUAUUGCCAAAUGAAAAUAGGGUCUUCAGAGGAAAGUGGACAUGGUCAGGGAACACCUGGCUUGGAUGAUACUAAAGCACAGGACUUAGAUUUCUGGGCCAGAACUUUAGAAAUAGGAAUUACAGUCUGUUAGCUCGGGAUGAAAAAGAGCAAAUGGAAGACUGUAAAAAUAUUGUCAUACGUGUGAUCAACAAGCUUGCACAGUGAAUUGCUUUUGGCCCAAUUCACAAUCCCUGACAUGUCCAAACAACAGCAAAUAUGCCAGGCAUACAGUGAUUAAAAUUGUGUCAAGAAUAAGAAAGGAUGGGAAAUGUCUUCCACUUUUGGAAAAAAGGGUUAAGAGUUAAAGGACUUCCUUCCUCACACCUCUCUAACCUACAAGGCAGGCUUCCAUUUCAAACAUGGCUACAGUAGCUUUUAUUUCUUCCCAGCCUCAGCUCCCCAACACUGAUGGAAAAGAACAAUGGUGAGGGAACAGUAGGGCUUCUUUGAUGGAAGGAAUGAUGGAAUAAACAACUUUGGACCUCUACCUGUGCAGUUUCCACAUAGGACGACACUGUUACCCCUUCACACAAGGAGAGUUAUGAAGCUGCCAGAGGCUGUUGUUGGCAAAAAGAAGCAUGUUUGGUACUUGGGGGAGGGACCCAAUCAGUUCAGAGUCCUAAUCAGAAGGACAAAGGUAGAUGUCAGUGGGAUCUUUCAGAGAAAUGUUGGAAAUAAAUCGGAAACACAGUCCAUUGAAUAAAUAUAAUACAAUGAUUGGGGAAACCCAACCAUUUCAAAAAAGAAAUCAAGAUUCCCCAAUAAAAUGAAAGAACAGUAGGUUAGAUGAGCAAACAAAAAUAUGUUCCAUACUAGCAACACAUUUUAAAGAUAAAGGCCCAAAGAAUGGCAGUGCCUUCCUUCUGUUUAUCACAUAUAUAUACAUAUUUCAUUUUUACAUACUUAUUUGCAUAUCAUCUCCCCAAAUUAAUUGAGAUCUCCUUGAAAAGAAAGACUUUUUUUUGGUCUUUUCAUUCCCAGGACUUAAGCACAGUUCUUGACACUUACUAAAUGCUUCUUAACCUGAAAUAAGAGACUGGAACAAAAUUUGAUAUUUCAAGUAAUUUUUUAAAAGAAGGGGAGUUGUAAUAAAUUUAAAAGUAAUGAAAUUUAAAUCACAAUGUCAGUAGGGAUAAACAGGGAAACUGAUUUAAGAUUCCAGAGACAAUGCAUGAAAUGGCAAAAUAUCUAAAAUUUUAGAGUCAAAAUUAACUAUUGCAAAAGGAUAAUCAUGGUAAUAAUAAUAUUUAUAAUCAACUCCAAUCUUUCAGAGUUAGGUAAAUUUAAUAUGAAAAGGAAGUUUUUAAGUUUAAAAUUUUAAAAGAGGACUUGAAAAAGUUGAAAAAAUUAAAUUUUGAAAUUUAAGGAUGUUAUAGAGAUGCUAAAUAUACAGGUUUGUCUAUCAUAUACAAAAUCUUUGCAAAAAUUGAUCUUGUGCCAAGAUCCCCCUAAAAUAUAAAAAUGCAGAAAUAUUAGAAAACUUUCCUUGCUGAUUAUCAUGCAGUUUAAAUCAAUACAGGAACUAAGAGAUACAGACUAGAUUCAGAACCAUGCUUACCAUGACUUCUGCUCUCAGGGCCCAUCAUUUUCUUCCCUCAUCAGAAACUCAAACUCAGCCCUUGGUUCCUCCGACUUUCUUUGGUUAACUUUCAUCUUCUAUUUUUGCUGGUUCCCAGGAUCCAUGACAAUUCCUGCUAUCUCUUUUCUAUACCUAUCUUCAAAUUUCCCAUCCCCUCUCAUGCAGAUUUUUAGCUUUAUAUUGUCUUCAUUAGAGUGUAAGUUUCUUGAAAGCACAGUCUAUCUUGCUUGUAUUUCUGUCCCAGUGCUGGCAGAUAAUGGUCAAUAAAUGCUCUAUUUAAUAUCACAAACAAUGAGUACAAAAAGAACAAAUUAUAAAAGCAAUAUGUAAAAGAAAAUAAUAGGCUACCCAAAUUUAAGGAAUAUGGCAAAGAGAAAGUCUUAUUUACUGUGAAAAAAUUAAUAAAUUACACAUGACUUUUUGAAAAAAACUAGAAAAUAAGAAAACCAAAAUAAUCACGAUAGUGAAAAAUAGAGGUAAAAUAAAAUAAAUAAGAUUUAAAGGAAGAUCUUUUAGAAUGAGAAAAAUGAAUAAUGAUAUGUUAUAAUACUUUCUUGUUUGGAAGUUAUCUUUUACACAUUUUAUCAUUUGAUAUCUUUAGUAACCUUAUAGUCCUAAAGUAGGUGCUACUAUCUUCAUUUUACAGAUGAGAAAACUGAGAUUUAUAGAGGUCAUUGACGUGUACAUUGUUAUUGUAUGAAAUAAGAUUUAAACGCUAUCUUCCUGAUUUCAGUUACUGUUCUCUAUCCACAAAAAGACUAACAAAGGCAAUAAACCAUUAACUGAUUUGAUUUUUUUUAAUGAGGAAAAAAAGCAAAUUACCAAAGGAAAAAAAAUGAACAGUGGAUAGAAAAGAAAUAAAAAGAAUGAUCAUCAAUCAUUACUAUUCAAAUAAUUCUAUUCAGGUUCAGAAAACAAAAAAUCAAAAUCAAAUAGAACAAACCACGAAUGAAUUACUUCACGAGGGAGGGGACGUUGGUCCAGAUUUUUGCAAAGGAAUUCAAAUAGUUGUUGGAAGAAUCAUUAAUAUCUGUUACAAAAAAUAUUCCCAAUAAUUGAGAAAUAAAGCAUACCACCUAGCUGUUUUUUGAGACAAAUUUAGCAAUAAAACUAAAAACUAGGAGUGAAGAAGCAAAACUAAUCUCACUGAAUAUUAAUGCAAAAAUUUUAAAUCAGUCUUAGCAAAGAGACACUAGCUAAACUCAAGAUCAUCAAAAAUCACAGCAUGAUCCAUUGCCAUGAUCUUACUUCUAGCCCAAUCCCUGUAGUUGUCACCCUGUGGUGAAGAGGGCAGCAGUCCCCACCAAAGAUGAUCUAUAGGGCAGGCAAAUCAAACUACCCUCACCUCCUCAACCAUUGUAGCCCAGGACCCAGAGUCUUGGAAACUUGGAAAUGGCAGUUUCCCACAGACCACUGGGCUUGCUUCUUAGAUAUCAUUGAAAGGUGUGAUAACUAUACAAAAGGUACCUACUUUCCUGAUCACCCACCUUCCUGCUACUGAUGGACAGGUAAGCCCUACGAAAGAUAGCAGUCCCUAUGGAGAGACAGUCUAACAACUGCUUCUGUAGCACUGUAAUUAAAAAUCCACAAAAGAAUGUCUUUGGAAUUGUCAGAUAGUUUACUAUUAGAAACCGAUAUGAUUUUAUCAGUAAAUGACAUUAAAAUGCAUUACUGUCUGCUUGUCUAUUGUACCCUAAGGACCAUGGAAAUUUUCCAUCUGAUUUACUGACCUCAUCUAUAUCUGUGUUCUAAUAUUAAAAUGUGAGCUUUUUUUUAAUGUACUUAUUUAUUUUAAUAUAUUUAUUUUUAAUUUUGAGAUCCAAAUUAUCUCCCUCCCCUAGAUUGACAAGGCAAGCAAUUUAUCAGUUAUUCAGGUAAAAUCAUGCAAAACAUUUCCGUAUUAGUCAUUGCAAAAAAAGGAAGAGAAAUAAAAUGAGAAAAUUAUAAUUCACUUUGUACUCUGUUCCUCAUUUUUCUCUAUGAAAGAAGAUAGCGUUGUUCAUCAUGAGUCCUUCAAGAUUGUCCUGGGUCGUGUUUAUCAGAGUAGCUAAGCCUUUCAUAGUGGCUCAUCAUUGAAGUGUUGUUUCUGUGUGCAGUGACCUUCUGGUUCUGCUCACUUCUGCAUCAGUUCAGAUGGGUUUUCCCAGGUUUUUCUGAAACCAUCCAUCCCCCUCAUCAUUUCUUAUAGCACAGAAUUGUAUACCACAACUCAGUUCAUUAGUGUAUUUAAUUUCUUUCAUCUCCAGAAUUUGUAAUUUCUCAUAGGUGUGAAGUGAUGCCUCAGAAUUAUUUAAAUUUACAUUUCUCUAAUCAAUAGUGAUUUGGAGCAAUUUUUCAUAUGACUAGAAAUAACUUUAUUUCUUCUGGACACUGCCUGAUCAUAUCCUCUGACCACUUAUCAGUUGAGAUUACUAUUAUGUUAUUUUUAUAAAUUUGACUCAGUUCUCUAUAUAUUUGGAAAAUGAAGCCUUUAUCAGAGAAACUCACUGUAAAUUUUUUUUAAAUUGAUGUCUGUAAUCUUUUAGCAAAAUGCAGUUUCCUGAUUAUCUUUUUUAACUAGGUCUGUUUUUUGCUUUUACUUUGUCUUAGUUGAUGGUUGCUACUUCAGCCCUUUUUUUAUUUUAGCUGAAGCAUAAUGGGUUCUGCUCCAACCCUUUAUUUUACCUCUGUGUGUUAUUUCAGGUCCCUUUUGUCAACAACAGAUUGUUGGAUUCUAGUUUCAAACCCAUUCUGGUAUCUGCUUCCAUUUUAUGGGUGAGCUCACCCCAUUCAUAUUCAUGGUUAUGGUCACUGUGUAUUGCUCUCCAUCCUAUUUUCUCCUGUUUCUUCUUUCCUCUCUCUCUUUAUCCUAUUCCUUUUUAAAAUUCCAUUUUGCUUCUCACCUUUCCCUCCCUUAAUCCACCCUCCCUUUUAUCGUCUCUUCCUUUCUCUUGUCCCCUUUCUCUCUUAUUUCUUUGUUGGGAAAGAUAGAGUUCUUUACCCAACUCUGUGUGUGUGUGUGUGUGUGUGUGUGUGUGUGUGUGUUCUCUCUUUGAACCACGUCUUAUGAGUAAGGUCCAAGUAUUGCUCAUGACCCACCACCCCCCAAUUUCUCCCUCCAAUGUAAAAGCUUUUCCUUGCAUGCUUCUUUUAUAUGAAAUAAUUUACCCCAUUCUACCUCUCCCUUCCCUUCUCCCAGUGCAUCCUGCUUUCUCAUGCCACUUUUUUUAGAUCCUCUAAACUUAAUCAAGUCAUACCAUGCCCUCUGUCUAUCUAAACACCUUCUAACUUCCCUAAAAAUGAUAAAGGUCUUAGGAAUUACAUGUAUCAUCUUCCUAUGUAGGAAUGUAAACAGUUUAACUUUAUUGGGUCUCUUAUGAUUUCUCUUUCUUGUUUACAUUUUUAUGCUUCUCUUGUGUCUUGUGUUUGAAUAUCACAUUUUCUAUUCAACUCUGAUCUUUUCACAGAUACACUUUAAAGUCUUCUAUUUCAUUAAACAUUCAUUCUCUUCCCACCUCCAAAAAAGGAUUAUACUCAAUUUUGGUGGAUCAGUUGUUCUUGAUUGCAAUCCUAGCUCAUUUGCCUUUCAGAAUAUAAUAUUCCAAGCCCUUCAUUUUUUUAAUGCAGAAACUGAUAGAUCUUGUGUGACUAUGUGUGACUAUGACUAUGGCUUCACAAUAUUUAAAUUAUUUCUUUCUAGUUGGCUUGCUAUAUUUUCUCCUUGACCUGCGAGCUCUGAAAUUUGACUACAAUGUUCCUGGGAGUUUUCAUUUUGAUAUCUUUCAGGAGGUGAUUGGUGAAUUUUUUCAAUUUCUAUUUUAUCCCUUAGAUCUAUAAAGGCGGGUUCACUUGGUUUGAAGAAAGGGGGAAUGUUACAGAGGAUGGAAAAUAAGUAUACUAGAAUUAAAUUUUAGUUUAAACUUUUAAAUAUGAAAACUUGUGGAUCUGAGAAAUAAAGCUUUAAGUUAAAAUUUUUAAAAGGAAGAAAAAUGUCCAAAUACUUGCACCAAGACAGGUAAUAUAGAGAAUAAAGGAAAGAAUAGGAGAGAUUCAGUAAUUCACAAGCUACAACAUCUAAAUGGGGCAAUUUAAUUAAUGUUUUCCAAUAUUUAUUUAUAUGUGCCAAAUACAGAUAAACUAAUGAUAUGAACUUGAGGUAAAAUUUAUCUCCUAGGUAUCUCUAAGACUUGCUGAGAUAUAAUUGGGAAUAAUUGAAAAGCAGAGUUCUAGAUGGACCGAUUUAAUAAAAAGGGAUAUUUGAGAUAACAUUUUAGUAAGAUUUCUUGAGAAAACCCAUGAAUAGGACUUGGAAGGGUAUGGUUCAACUUUUAAAUUAAUAAUAAUGGAGGGAGAAACAGAAACAAUAUAAUGAUGGUUGUAUGCUACAAAAUAACCUGACAAUAAUGAAGAAAUGGAAGAUGAAUUUCUAGAAAAGGCAUAAACAGCAUGGAAUGAGGAUUUAAUUAUUGAAACUUCCAGGGGGAAGCUGGGUUGCUCAGUGGAUUGAGAGCCAGACCUAGAGAUGGGAGGUCCUAGGUUCAAAUCUGGCCUCAGACACUUCCUAGCUGUGUGACCCUGGGCAAGUCACUUAACCCCCAUUGCCUAGCCUUUACUAUUCUGCCUUGGAACCAAUACAGAGUAUUGAUUCCAAGAUGAAAAGUAAGGGUUUAAAAAAAUAAAAAUGAAUAAAUAAACUUCCAGCUCUAUUAUUCUUUUAAAAAGAGUGUAUAUUGCCCUCCAUCCUAUUUUCUCUCAUUUCUUCUCUCUCUCUUUAUCCUAUUCCUUCUUAAAAGUCUAUUUGCUUUUGACCAUUGCCUCCCUUAAUCCACCCUCCCUUUUAUUAUCUCCUCCUUUCUUUUGUUCCCUUCCCCUUCUAUUUCUCUGUUUUUUGAUUUCUAUCCUCAACUGAGUGUGUGAUUGUGUGUGUGUGUGUGUGUGUAAUAACCUUACCCUAACAAUUAUUUGAUUUAUCAAAAAGUAGAAAAAAAGAACCAGCAAGAUGGUAGUGAGAGAACACAAUACAAUCCAACUCUCACAUAAUUUACUCCCAACAAAGACUGAGAAAGUCAUUAGACCAAGUUGUUGAUUAGAAAAUCCAAGGAGGAAUUCCAAUGGAUGUUCCCCUCCCCCUCCAACCUAGGUUGGCAUAGAGAAACAACCAGGGGCUUGCAGGUAUAUAGGAGAGACUUCAUCAAGGAAAACUUCUGUAGACACUGUGUUGGGUGAAAGAUGAAAUGACUGAAGUAAAGAAGAUUUGAACUUCUGAGCAUAUUGAUUUAUUAAGCAAUGCAUGCCAAUUGCCCAACAAAUUGGGACCAGGCCUCCUGAAUACAGGAGACAGCUUUUUAUGCAAUAAAAACAAUUAAAUAGAUAAAUUAAUUUUAAGAAAACAAUUCACCAGGAUACAAAAGUAGUUAGUCUGAUUUCUAAUUAAAGGAACGAUAAAGGAUUUUCUCAAUUUAGACAGGGUAAACAAGCAGAUAUAAUUCCAUGAAAUCAGGAAAAAAAGGGGGGGUGUAGUAUUCUGUCAAAGGAACAUGAGAACAACAGCUGAUUAACCAUUAUGGGGCCAUUUUCAGAUAAGACUUAGGAUAUAUAUAAUUGUAAGAAAACUUGCAUCAUUCUUUGAGCUGACUGGGUCAGUAUAACCUAGGUCUCUAAGUGGCAGGUAGAGGUGAUCCAGCUUUCCAGCCACACUGAACUAGGUUCAAACAAUGCAACAAAUUCCUAACAAGUGCCACAAUUGAAUUAAAGUUUUCUCACAAGACAAAAAUUGGAAUAGACACAUAAUUGAAUAGAAAGGGAACUGAGCCAGCUCCAAAAUUGAGUCCUGAGAUCUAGUCAGUGUGGUUCAAUUCUCAUUACCACUUGCUGUUCUAAUUCCCUCAACACUUUGGCUGGGUCAUAUAGCUGUCUACCAGGUCAAAGAAUAUGAAUCAAAGAUCCAGUCUAUAGAUAUGUUCUAGAUGUGUCCCUGGAGUUAUAGGACCUCCCAGAAUGUGAAUGUGAGCUACAGCUAUUUACUUGUGGGGCUUUGCCAUGAUGUAAAAUUCCACUUCAUGAAGUUAGGCAGGAAAAUAAAUAGUCUGAUCUAGAAAUAGUAUGGAUCUAGGGAUGCCUAUGACACAAACCCUUAAGAAAAGAAUAAUUCCAAUAUCUACAAUGAAGACUUCAAGAAAAAAAAUAGCUUUAUUAUCCAAGGUCAACUAGAAAUCUUGGAAAACAUCAAUUAAGAAUUUUUACAAUAAUAACUGAAAUGAGAAUUUUAGAAGAAAGGCUUGAAAAGUGAAUAAACAUUUUAUUCCAGAGAUGCAAGACCAUACCCAAGUAUUAGACACUUUGAAAAUUAGAUCAAAUGAAUUAAAGCCUCCAAAAGAUGAUAAAUUCUGGCAGAAAAUUAAAAACUGGGAAAAUCAGAAGAAAAUAUCAGCUCCUGUUAAAAAUUGAUGUGAAAAGCAGUUCAAGAAGGGGAGGGGGAGGAUCUAAGAAUCAUCAGAAUAUUUGAAAAACAUGGUAAAAAAACAAAAAAAAAUUCCUGGAUACUCUAUGUUAAGAAAUCAUAAAACUGCUCAGACUUAAUUGGAAACUAAGAAGGCAAAAUGAAAAUAUAAAGAAUCCCCCAGUAACAUCAUAAAAGAAAUUUCAAUGUGAAAACUCUUAGGAACAUUAGGGCCAAAAUCCGGUAUUUCCAUGUUAAAAAGUUAACAUGAAAUUCCAGAAAGAGUUCAAAUAAAAAAAAAAAAACAGUAUCACAUAAGACAUGGGAACUGCAACUUUAAAUGAGACAACUUGAAAUAUAACCUGAAAAGCAAACAAUAAAGGAUAACUGGGCAAAAUUGAGUAAAAUCCUACACAGAGAGAAAGGAAGACAUGAACCUUUAAAGGAACUAUUGAAAUGAAUUGUUUAUGAGUAAACUAAAUUUAUCCAUUUAAAAUCUAAUAUUUUGACGAUCAAAGUUAAGUAAUAUCUUUACUACGGGUGAGAUGGGUCAGUGAUAGCUCUACUGAAGCCCACUGUGCAAAUUCAUCCAGAGGUAUCACUUGUAUUGAUAGUUGAUCCAACUGGUAUUUGAUCUGUAAAUCAGUGUCUACAUGUUCUUUUAACUUCAUCAAGUUGGACUAAAUUGUCUUUAAAAACCAUGCUUCAGUGAUUACACUGGAUAUCAUUUUGCUGGAUUAUAGAAAGUAAUUUGAUCUACCAGCUAAAUAACCUGCUGCAUAUAUGCAAAGGCUCAUAUUCCAAAAAGAAAGGAAAAAUCAAGUGACAGCCUGGUGAUGGCUAGACUAUUUUUCAUAAUAGUGGGAGAAAAUGAAAAAAGAAGGAAAAGAUUCAAUAAAUACUUAUUAAGCACCUACUGCAUGUCAAUCAUUUUCCUAAAUUCUGGGGACUUGAUUUGAAAGGGAAAAAAAAGUUCCUGCCCUCAAAGAACUAACAUUUAGCAUAGAAAAUAAAUCUAAAAAGCAUGAGUAGGAAUAAAGAGAGAAACACUAAGGGAGGACCUGUAUGGAGACAUGAUGCUCCACGGUGUCCGAAUCAAGUAGAGCUGCUAAUGGAAAGUAGAGAGUUACCUGGAAAGUGCAAAAAAAAUUUCAGAAUCCCUUAGAAAGGAAGGCAAUGGAAGGAGUUUUGUGCUCUACCCUCUAGCCUGCCAAUCAGGAAAGAACAACGGAAGAGUUGAUAUAUUGAGUAUCAAAAACUGAGACAAUAAGCAUGAUGACAUUUCAGGUGAUCAGUUUCUCCUGGGUGAGGCAUGAUAUUCUAUGGGAUCCAAACCAAGCAGAGCUGCUAAUAGAAAGUGGAGGGGGGGAAGAAUAGAAAAGAAAGAAGUUCUAUAAUGUAUGGGAUGAAGUGUAUACAAACAUGAAGGAAAUAAAAAAAAAAGUAUUCCUCGAGUCAUGAUUUCACCUGAAUUGGACAAAGGAAAGUUAAACACAUUCUCAGAUUUUUUUUCUCACAGAAUUUGUUAAUAGAAAUACAUCAAACAGUGAGACCAGAGAGGGAAAGAAGAGGGUAGGAUCAGUGAGAAACUAGUCACAAGCAAAACAAACUUCAGUGUUUGAAAGUGGAACACAAAGAGAAGAUUAGAAAGAAAGGGAAAAAUAAUUUUUUAAAUUGCAGUUGGGACAGAGGAAAGGGAAAAAGAGCAGCAGAGCAUAACCAUUGCUUCUAUCAUAUAUCAUUCCUCUUUUACCAUCUUUGUAAAUAACUGGAUGAAGGGCAAGGAGAAAAAUCUAAGUGGGUAGAAUGAAAGUAAAAAUACAACUAACUAUCAUAGCUAUGAACGAGUGGUAUGAACUCACCAAUAAAAUGAAGGGACAUUGUAGAUGGAUUAGAAAGAAUUCAUCAAUAUAUUCCUUAUCAGAAACCUACUUAAAAAUAAAGAUUCAUAGAAUGAAAAUAAGAGACUAAAGCAAAAUCUGUUAUACUUCAAGCAAACUAAAAACAAGCAAGAGUACCAGUUAUGAUUUAAAAUGUUAUGAUAGUAAAGAAGCAUGAUAAAAAUAAACAAGGAAUCUAUUUUUAUCUUUAAUGACCCAAAAUCAAGCAAAAAAUGAGUAAGAAGUCAGUGAGCUGAAUAGAACUUUGGGAAAAAGCAAUAUGAUUGAAUUCUGACAAUAACUAAAUUGUAGGAGAAAGGAUUUUAUAUAUUUCUCAAAGGAGCACGGCACCUUUACAAAACUUUUCUAUUUAAAAAUGACUUAAAACCUAACAAAUUCAAAAAAGCAAAAAUAUUAAUCAUAUUCUUUGUUGAUCACAGUGUAAAACAAAAAGAAUUUAAAAUUGGGGACAGAUUCAGAGUUACAUGUGCAAUCUUCAUGCUUUGUUUUAUGUAGGGAAAUGUUUCUUAUUUGAUCCUUGUUAAGUUCAGACAGAAUAAACCUUUUUCCUAAUAAAAAGGAAAAAGCCACAAGAGAAUCACAAAAUCAAUAAUGAAUUCAGGGAUCAUUUUCACCAGUUGGGCUGUCAUGCAGAAUGCAUAAAGGGGAAGAGUGAGAAAGUUUGUGAAAGACCUUAGAUGCUAGACUAAUUCGUUUGUAUUUUUUUAAAUAGGCAGGGGGUUUGGGAAGGUUUUGACUGGAAAUAUCAUGGUCAGAUCUUUGCCUUACGAUUAUUUUGAAAGUGUGAAGAACAAAUUCAUGAGUAGAAAACAUGGAAACAGAAAACAAUUAGAAGAUUACUAUAGUAAUAAUCCAAGUGACAGAUGAUAGGGCCUACAUUACUGUAAUGGUUGUAAAAGUGUCACAAAGGAUCAGAUGCAAGAGAUAUUGUGGAAAUAACAGAAUCAAAGAAUUUAAAAGUUGGAAAGGACCUUUGCAGCCAUCUUGACCAAUCUCUACAACAGACAGAAUCCUACAAGAUUAUACAGCCUCUACUUGAACACCUCCAAAGAGAAGGAACACACAACUUUUUGAGGCAACCCAUUCAACUUUUGGGGAGCUCUAAUUUUUAGAAAAUUUGUGGAGACUUCUGAGUUAAUAUGGCUGCAGUCUAGAAGCAGGAUUCUUCCUUUCCUCACCACCUGGCAAUAUAGUCUACCUCAAAAGUCCCCAAAAAAACCAAACUGAUGAACAAAGGAACUCCACAGUAGGGCGCAGCACUGACAGCAUGUGGGAUUUGGACAUUUCCACGCUAUAAGGGGGUGAAAUAGCUCCCACCAAAAUGUGAGCUGAUCAACCCCACCCACCUACAAAGCCAGGGUCAGAACCAGCAUACUAGAAUCAACAGGCGAGCAAAGGGCACCUCUAGAUCCCUGGCAGCUGACUAAGACCACCAGGGAUCUACUCCUGAGAGCAGCUAGACCUGAAACCCCAGCAGGCUGAAGAGCAUGGACCUUGGGCUCAGAGAUGGCACAGAGAGAGGUGGCACAUAGUAGAAGUCAUGGAGACAUAGGAAGUGGCCUCAGGCAAAAACCACUCUCCUUAGCUCCAUACACAGAGAAUCUGCCCUCCUCACUCAGACUCCUGACUAGAAAGGAAAGGAAAAACCAGCAUAGUGAUGGCAAACAAUGCCCAGCAAAUAAAACUUCCAACCACCAAGAAGAAGGUUUUUGACCCUGGAUAAUUUUUAAUGGAGAAAAACUCCAGAUUACAGAGGAAACAGCAGAGGACAACAAACAAUUAAAUGUAUGCGAACCUUCCCCCCAAAAAAUGGAAAUUGGACACAAAAUCUUGAAGAAUUGAAAUCUGAAAUUUUGAGGAAAAUGGAGGAGUUUUGGCAAGAAAAGUUGGAAACAUUUCAAAAAGAAAAUACCAGUCUAAAAAGACAGGAACUCCCAAUUGGAGAAAGAAGCCCAGAAAUCAACUGAAAUGAUAAAUAAAAUUGGAGAACACAAUUAAACAACUGGAGGUCAUGAAAAGCAGGAUAGAAUAAACCAAAAAGGAAAAUCAAAAGAUUAUAGUAGAAAAACAAAAGAUUAUAGCAGAAAACCAGUCUUUAAAGACCAGAAUUGGGCAGUUGGAAGUCAAUGAUCUCACAAAACAGCAAGAAUUAAUAAGGCAAAGUCAAAAGACUGACAGAAUAGAAGGAACAUGAAAUAUCUCACUGAGAAGAUGACUAUUUGUGAAAACCAGUCUAGAAGAAACAAUUUCAGUCAUUGGUCUACCUGAAAAUGCAGAAAUAAACAAAUCUUGACAUCAUGAUACAAGAAAUUAUCUAAGAAAACUGUACUGAUAUUGUGUUUUUUUUAACCCUUACCUUCCUUCUUGGAGUUAAUACUGUGUAUUGGCUCCAAGGCAGAAGAGUGGUAUGGGCUAGGCAAUGGUCAAGUGACUUGCCCAAGGUCACACAGCUGGGAAGUGUUUUGAGGCCAGAUUUGAACCUAUCCUGAUAUUCUUGAACAAGAGGUCAAAAUAGAUACUAAAAGAGUUCAUAGAACACCCUCUACACUAAAUCCUCAAAAGACAAUCCCCAGGAAUGUAAUUGCCAUAUUCAACAGCUUCCAAGCUAAGGAGAAAAUUUUACAAGAAGGCAGAAAGAGGCAAUUCAGAUAUCAAGGAGCACCAAUCAGGAUUAUAAAAGAUCUGGCAGCUUCCACACUAAAAGACCACAAGGCUUGGAAUAUGAUAUUCAGGAAUAUGAUAUUCAGAAAGGCAAGAGAAUUGGGUCUUCAACCUAGGAUCACCUACCCAUCAAAACUGACUAUAUACUUCCAGGGGAAAAUAUGGGCAUUCAACAAAAUAGAAGAUUUCCAAGUAUUUGUAAAGAAAAGACCAGAAAUAAGUGGAAAGUUUGAUGUCCAAACACAAAGAUCAAGAGGAACAUGAAAAGGUAAAUAACAAAGAAAGGGGAAAGAAAAAAAUUGAUUUUACUUAAAUUUUCUUCUUUAAGGGCUUCAAUAAGAUUAAAUUGCUUAUAUUAAAUGGGAAAAUGUUAUUUGUAACUCUCAAAAAAUUAUAUACACUAUUAUAGUAAUUAGAAGAAUCAUUAAUAGGUAGAGAUUGGGGUAAUAAGUGGGCUAAGAUUAUAUGUUAAAAAAAAAAGAAAAAGAGAGGAGGGGAAUAGCAGAUGGCACCAAGAGAAACUUGAAGGAGUAAGAUAAAUAGGACAGUCUAUAUUAUACAAAGAGGUGCAUGGGAAGGGGUGGGAAAGAAUACUAUUAUAAGGAGAAGAAGAGAGUGCUUAUAGGUAAUAAUUAAACCGUACUCACAGUGGAAUCAAUUCUGAGAGGGAAGACCAUCUAAAUCCCUUGGGGUAUCGAAUUCUAUCUUACCCUAAAGGGAAAGUGAGAAAGGAAAAACUAAUGGAGGAGUGGGGUGGGGAGUACAAAAAGGGAGAGAAAGAGAUGGGGGAGGGAAUUUAAUAGACCCUAAAAAAUAAUAAGGGAACAAAAAAGGAGGGGGCAGAAAGGGAAGUAAAAUAAGGAUGGAGAUUAGGGGAGCUGAUUAAAAGCAAAACAUUGGUUUAAAAGGAAAUGGCAAAAGAAGAAAGUGCAGAACUAGGAGAGGAUAUCAAAAUGUUGGGGAAUACAGAGGUGACAAUUGUAACUCUGAAUGUGAAUGGGAUGAAUGCAUCCAUAAAAUGAAAGCAAAUAGCAGAGUGGAUUAGAAACCAAAAACCUACCAUAUGUUGUCUACAAGAAACACACAUGAGGCAGGUAGAUACACAGGUAAGGGUCAAAAGCUGGAGCAAAAUCUAGUGGGCUUCAAAUAAGAAAAAGAAGGCAGGAGUUGCAAUCAUGCUAUCUGGCAAAGCCAACGUAAAAAUAGAUCUGAUUAAAAGAUAUAGGGAUUGUAAUUACAUCCUGAUAAAAGGCAGUAUAGACAAUGAGGAAAUAUCAGUACUCAACAUAUAUGCACCAAGUGGUAUAGCAUCCAAAUUUCUAAAGGAGAAUCUAGUGGAGUUGAAGAAGGAAUAGAUAGUAAAACUAUACUGGCGGAGGACCUGAACCUUCCUCUAUCAGAUCUAGACAAAUCAAACCAAAAAAUAAAUAAGAAAGAGGUAGAUGUGAAUGAAAUCUUUGAAAAAUUAAAGUUAAUAGAUAUGUGGAGAAAAAUAAAUAGGGACACAAAGGAAUACACCUUUUCAGUGACACAUGGUACAUUCAAAAAGAUUGACCAUGUAUUAGGGCAUAAAAACAUGGCAAACAAGUGCAAAAGAGCAGAAAUAAUAAAUGCAACCUAUUCAGAGCAUAAUGCAAUAAAAUAAUAAUUAGUAAGGGUACGUGGAGAGGCAAAUCAAAAAUUAACUGGAAAUUAAAGAAUAUGAUUUUCCAAAAUUGGUUAGUUAAAGAACAAAUCAUAGAAACAAUUAAAAAUUUCAUUGAAGAAAAUGACAAUGAUGAGACAUCUUCUCAAAAUCUAUGGGUUGUGGCCAAAGCAGUACUUGGGGCAAAAUUCAAAAUCCUGAGUUCAUAUAUUAACAAAUUAAGGAGAGCAGAGGUCAAUGAAUUGGACAUGCAAAUUUAAAAUCUUGAAAGUUACCAAAUUAAAAAUCCCCAGAUGAAAACUAAAUUAUGGAUCCUAAAAAUUAAAGAUCAAAUGUAAAAGAAUUAUUGAAUUAAUAAAUGAAACUAGAAGCUGGUAUUUUGAAAAAACAAAUAAAAUAGACAAAGUACUGGUCAAUCUAAUUUAAAAAAGGAAAGAAGAAACCAAAUUAACAGUAUCCAAGAUGAAAAGGGAGAACUCACCUCUAAUGGAGAGAAAAUUAAGGCAAUCAUUAAUUACAUUUUUUGCCCAAUUAUAUGGCAAUAAAUAUGGAAAUCUAGGUGAUAUGGAUGAAUAUUUACAAAAAUAUAAAUUACCUAGACUAACAGAAGAAGAAAUAUGAUUCUCAAAUAAUCCCAUAUCAGAAAAAGAAAUCCAACAGACCAUCAAAGAACUCCCUAAGAAAAAAUCCCCAGAGCCUGGUGGAUUCACAAGUGAACUCUAUCAAACAUUCAAAGAACAGCUAACCCCAAAAGUAUACGAACUAUUUGGCAGAAUAAGCAAAGAAGGAGUUCUACCAAAUUCCUUUUAUGACACAAAUAUGGUACUGAUUCCAAAGCCAGGCAGGUCAAAAACAGAGAAAGAAACUAUAGGCCAAUCUCCUUAAAGAACAUAGGUGCAAAAAAUCUUAAAUAGAAUACUAGCAAAAAGACUCCAGCAAGUGAUCAUGAGGGAUAUUCAAUAUGAUCAUGUGAGAUUUACACCAGGAAUGCAAGGAUGGUUCAAUAUUAGGAAAUACAUCCAUAUAAUUGACCAUAUUAACAAGCAAACCAACAAAAACCACAUGAUUAUCUCAAUAGAUACAGAAAAGAAAGUGUAGCAAUAGAAGGGCCUUUCCU